UGUUCGUCAGAGGAGAACCUGUAACAGAAAAAAAGGGAAAGACAAAUCCAAGAGGUCCGCACCAGAAAUCUCACCCUCCGCCACACAGCGAUCCUCAAGGAUCAGAGUUGGAGUUCGUGCACGAUCUUCAGCGCCAGUGCAUUUUGACUGAUGUCCUCUGAUGCACGAGGACAGCUCUGUGAACGCGGAGCUCGCGCUUUUGUUUAGUUAGUUUUUGUUUGUGUGUAUCAAAGCACUGAGAUCAGGACAGCAGCAGAAGUUUCCACUCCUCUACAGGAAUGUCCCAAACGGAGAGACCGAAUUUCUAUCGACAGGAGCUCAAUAAGACCAUAUGGGAGGUGCCGGAGCGGUACCAGAAUUUAUCGCCCGUGGGUUCUGGAGCGUAUGGAUCCGUAUGCUCGGCGCUGGAUGCAAAGACAGGCCUGAGGGUCGCAGUCAAGAAGCUGUCCCGGCCCUUCCAGUCCAUCAUCCACGCCAAGCGCACAUACAGAGAACUGCGGCUGCUGAAACACAUGAAACACGAGAAUGUAAUUGGUCUUCUAGAUGUGUUCUCGCCCGCGACCAGUCUAGAAGAAUUCAAUGACGUGUAUCUGGUGACUCACCUGAUGGGAGCCGACCUCAACAAUAUUGUCAAGUGCCAGAAGCUGACAGACGAUCACGUCCAGUUCCUCAUUUAUCAGAUCCUUCGAGGACUGAAGUACAUUCACUCAGCAGACAUCAUCCACAGAGAUCUUAAACCCGGUAACUUGGCUGUAAAUGAAGACUGUGAACUGAAGAUUUUGGACUUUGGUUUGGCCCGGCUGACGGACGAUGAGAUGACGGGAUACGUUGCCACCCGAUGGUACCGCGCACCAGAGAUCAUGCUCAACUGGAUGCACUACAACAUGACAGUGGACAUCUGGUCGGUGGGCUGCAUAAUGGCCGAGCUCCUCACAGGACGGACUCUGUUUCCCGGCACCGAUCAUAUAAACCAGCUUCAGCAGAUAAUGCGACUGACGGGAACCCCGCCGGCCUCUCUAAUAAGCCGGAUGCCGAGCCACGAGGCGAGGAACUAUAUCAACUCUCUUCCGUAUAUGCCCAAGAGGAGCUUUGCAGAUGUGUUUAUUGGCGCAAAUCCAUUAGCUGUGGACCUGCUGGAGAAGAUGCUGGUUCUGGACACGGAUAAACGCAUCACUGCAUCAGAGUCUCUCGCGCACCCGUACUUCUCCCAGUAUCACGACCCAGACGACGAGCCCGAGGCAGAACCGUACGACCAGAGCUUCGAGAGCCGCGAUCUCGAGAUCGAGGAGUGGAAACGACUCACGUACGAGGAGGUGGUGAGCUUCGAACCUCCAAUGUUCGACGGAGACGAGAUGGAGUCGUGAGGAGAAUCAAGCGUACAGGAAAAUGACAUUCAAGUGCCUGCCAUCAUCAAGUGCUGGCUCCCCGUGUUCUUAUCCAUGCCUUCAUACACGCUCCGUCAAAAUGAGAGGGAAAAACACAUGCAAACGUUCCUAAAGGACACAGAGAAUGUAAUGUUUUGUGCAUUGUGCCCCAGUAAAAUCAACUGCUUUUUUUAAAAAUUAGAGAAAAAUGUGCAUUCUCAUGAAAAACAAAACGCAUUUUAAACAUUUUAUGUUCUUUCUCUGGGGAAGUGAAACGUUUACUUCCGAACUACUAAGUUUUAGAUAUGUAAAUAAAAUGGCACAGCUGUAUAUACAUGGAAAUAAUGUGCACCAACAGUUUUAUUUAGUAUUUGCAGCGAAGCACACAUCACAGAAUGUGACCCGCGUUAUAAAUAGCAACUAAAGAGUGAAUCUAAACACGUAAAGAGAUUGUAAUUAAUAUUUCGUGCCGUGUGUAGAAUGUAAACGGACGCUGUGUUCUUCUGCCCACUGCAUCGAGAACAGUCACGAAAUAUCAAUACACGGAAAUAUAUAAUAUGGGAAAAUAUUUAGAUAUUGGUGCUCAGUGCAAGAAUUCAUUAAAAUGGGCAAAUCCUCUUUAGAAUAGACAAACCCAAAAUCAGAAGAAAAAAGAGAAAACAGCUAUUUUGAGAACCAAUAAUAAUGUUAUUAUAUUGUUAAUAUAUUAAUGAUUCAUUCAUUUUACCUCACGACUGGGUGCUCAUUACCGUAAUGCAACAAAAUCUCAUUGCUCUUAUGCACUGGACAAAAAUUUGAUUUAUUAUUUCAAUGGAACAUUAUUUUGUCCAUCAUGAUAAUAUUUUGUUGUAAUGCUUUAUAGAUUUAAAUUUUAAUUUAAAAAAAUCCUCUGAUACUGUAUUGCGGUAAUGAGACUCGGAGACUCAUUACCGUAAUGCAACAAAAAUUGGAUUUAUUAUUUCAAUGGAACAUUAUUUUGUCCGUCAUGAUAAUAUUUGUUGUAAUGCUUUAUAGAUUUAAAUUUUAAAUUAAAAAAAAUCCUCUAAUACUGUGUUGCGGUAAUGAGACUUGUGAGACUCAUUACCGUAAUGCAACAAAAAUUAGAUUUAUUAUUUCAGUGGAACAUUAUUUUGUCCAUCAUGAUAAUAUUUGUUGUAAUGCUUUAUAGAUUUAAAUUUUAAAUAAAAAAAAAAAUCCUCUAAUACUGUGUUGCGGUAAUGAGACUUGUGAGACUCAUUACCGUAAUGCAACAAAAAUUAGAUUUAUUAUUUCAGUGGAACAUUAUUUUGUCCAUCAUGAUAAUAUUUGUUGUAAUGCUUUAUAGAUUUAAAUUUUAAAUAAAAAAAAAAAUCCUCUAAUACUGUGUUGCGGUAAUGAGACUCGGAGACUCAUUACCGUAAUGCAACAAAAAUUAGAUUUAUUAUUUCAAUGGAACAUUAUUUUGUCCAUCUUGUAAUGCUUUAUGUUGCGGUAAUGGGACUCGGCAUUGACAAUAAUGUAUUUUUUUUUUUUUUUUAAAUCAUGAAAGUCAUGUCAAAAUGCAAAAGGUUUUAAAGAUAUGCUUCCUUUUUAUAUAUAUAUAAAAAUGUAUUUUAUUUUAUUUUAUUUUGGGGUUAAAUGGGAUUUGGACAUGUUUUUAACUGGUUUUGUGCGAUCCAUCCUUUUUAUCUGCCUGCUUUUUCCCAGAAUUAACUCCAUGUUAAAGGCAGCUGAUCAUCUAGCUAGACUAGAGCGUAGUUUCUCUCCCUGACAUUUUCCUUCAUUUAUUAUUUAUGUAAAUGAAGAGAAAUGGGUGUGAAAAAGGAAUUGUCAACAGAAAAACUUUGCGAGCGAGAGACGGUUGCAUUAUGGCCCACGAUAAAAUGAUUAUUCCCCUUUAUUAUUGUUUGCCCUGGGAAAGAUGUACAGCCUGGAAGUUCAUGUUUGCAACAAUGAAAGAACCUGAGCCAAUACUCUCUGCUAUUCCGUUGAUCUUGAUUUAACAGCCCAGACUCUCAAGCGCAGCCGGCAUCUAACUUAUUGUAUCAGAUUGUUUUUAAGGUGUUUUCUUUUUCACUGUAUAUUAUCACUUAAUUUUAUUCAGCAAUAUUUUCUGUGUUGAGCAUGUAUUGUUAUAUGUGAGGGGUGUGUAUUUAUGCGCAUUUUACAGUUUCCCGAGGAGUGGAGAAUCACUAAACGUGUCAAUCAGAGCAGCAAAAUAUUUCAGUUUGUCGCAUGGAACCAUUUUACAUAGAAAAGAGAUCAUUGUAUCACUUUUUUGUGCAUCUAACCAUUUUUUCUUUAGUCACCCAUAAGUUAUGUGGUCUGUGAACAACCACUGCUAUACUGAAAUAAAGGCAAUUAUUUUUCACAACA